GCCAGAUCCUGACAGCUCAGCAACCUCUGAAGAACUUGUGGAGUACACCAAGACAACAGCGAUCACCACAGGUUUGGCCCUGCUUCUACUUCCCCUGGAGGGAAGCCUUGAGAGACUCCAUGGAAAAUCAGGCAGACCCCCACAAAUAUCUUCUAAACUUCAGCAACCACAUGGGUGGAGGUGGGGGAGAGUAGAAAUGUCAGAGAGGAAGCCAAGCCAAUCCUGGAUCCAGGUACUUGCGACAUGACUGUGGCUGUUUUUCUGGCCAUCCUGUGCUUGAGAGCAGCCUUGGCUGCUCCAAGGCCUGAUUACAGUUUGGAUGCCGAGUGGGAGGAGUGGAAGAGGAACAAUGCGAAAACAUACAGCCCAGAGGAGGAAAAGCAGAGGAGAGCAGUGUGGGAAGAAAAUGUGAAAAUGAUCAAAUGGCACACUAUGCAGAAUGGCCUGUGGAUGAACAACUUCACCAUAGAAAUGAAUGAAUUUGGUGACAUGACUGGUGAGGAAAUGAGAAUGAUGACAGAUAGUUCAGCUCUGACUCUAAGAAAUGGAAAACACAUCCAGAAACGCAAUGUCAAAAUUCCCAAAACCUUGGAUUGGAGAGAUACAGGCUGUGUGGCUCCUGUGCGAAGCCAGGGAGGAUGUGGUGCAUGUUGGGCCUUUUCUGUGGCCGCUUCCAUAGAAAGUCAGCUGUUCAAGAAAACAGGCAAACUGAUCCCACUGAGUGUACAGAAUUUAAUUGACUGCACAGUUACUUAUGGCAAUAAUGACUGUUCUGGAGGCAAACCUUAUACGGCCUUCCAAUAUGUGAAGAACAAUGGCGGUCUGGAGGCUGAGGCAACCUACCCAUAUGAAGCAAAGCUACGGCACUGCAGGUACCGUCCUGAACGUUCUGUUGUUAAGAUAGCCCGCUUUUUUGUUGUCCCAAGGAAUGAAGAAGCCCUAAUGCAAGCUCUAGUAACCUAUGGGCCCAUUGCUGUUGCAAUUGAUGGUUCGCAUGCAUCCUUUAAAAGAUAUCGAGGAGGUAUAUAUCAUGAGCCAAAAUGUAGGCGUGAUACUCUCGACCAUGGUCUACUAUUGGUUGGCUAUGGCUAUGAAGGCCAUGAGUCAGAGAACAGAAAAUACUGGCUGCUAAAGAACAGCCAUGGUGAACAAUGGGGUGAAAGGGGCUACAUGAAGCUCCCCAGAGAUCAGAACAACUACUGUGGAAUUGCUUCUUAUGCCAUGUACCCUCUGUUGUGACCUGCCUGGAUGUAGCAAGGAAGGAAAGAUUUUUAAGGCAAUAUAUACAGAAGAACCUCAUCCUAUUCAAAAUGGCCAGCCUCUUCUGUAUAAAAGGCACUAGUGUCAAUGAACAGCAGGGUAGGAGGUGAAAUCUGUGGUAUGUUUAGUAAGUCAUGACCACUGCUAGUCAUGACUGAUUUGUGUAAUUUACUCCUGUAAUGACCUGAUUUUAUGUUUUUCACUGUACCAAACGCUGUUCUUAAAAAAUAAAAGCAAACUAUAAA